UACAUUCUGCCUACCACAGCCGAAACAAUUCAACGUAGAUUAGAUUAUUUUAUGUCUUUGCAAAUGAUAUCAUUAUACCUUCCUCGUGUUACUUAGUUUAUUAUCGUGUUUAGUGUAUUAGUUAUCUGUGUUGUUUGUGAAAAUGCGCAAAAUUGUAGUUAUGUUGAAAAUAUUGUAUAAAUGGAUUUCGAGGCCGAAACAAAAAAAGGUUGUAGAAAAGAAAAUGGCGCUUAUAUUUGAAGAUAUGGAUCUGGAGAAGGAGUAUUCUCCAAGCAGGUGGUCGACCAGAUUUAAUUCCGCCCAAGAGGUUCUCCAACACCACGUUGCUUUGAUAACCUCAGCAAGCGAGACGGCUGUCAACAAUGUACCACAUAAAUUGGAGAUCGAAUACGGGUCAACGUUGGGACAAAAAUUGGACAUUUUGGGCACUGAUCUUCCAGACGAUGCGCCAAUACUUGUCUUCAUACAUGGUGGCUACUGGCAGGAGUUAUCCAGAGAAAUUUCCAGAUAUCCAGCGCUCCCGUUAUACAAUUCCAGAAUCAAGACAAUAGUUGUUGGUUACGAUCUGUGUCCUGCAGCUACGUUACCAGAAAUAAUUCACCAAAUACAAAAAGCAGCAAAAUUCGUAUUUGAAUACGCCGAAAAGAUGGGAUCUAGAGGUGUAUAUUUCGCCGGACACUCAGCUGGUGCGCACCUGGUCGCCAAGUUGUUAGCCAACGCCGACUUCCUUGACAACACGCCAGGCACACAGCGUCUACAGGGAGCUUUUCUCAUUUCGGGGGUGUACGAUUUACGAGAGCUAGUACACACCUCAAUCAAUGACGCCGUUCAAUUACCGGCCGAGUGGGCUGUACCCCUCUCUCCCCAAUACGACUGUUUCGUUCAUUUACAAGUGCGAAGGGUUAGAGUAUUCAUUUUGGCGGGUCAAAACGAUAGCCCGACGUUCAAGAAACAAUCGAGAGAGUUCUUUGAACUACUACAUAACACUUGCCUUAUGCAAAAUAUGUACUUGGAAAUAAAAGACGACAUGGACCAUUUCGACAUUGUCGAGUGUUUUGCUAACAAUGACAAUUAUCUAAAGAACUUGAUGGUGCAUGACGUUCGUAAACAUUUAUAAUGUGUUUGUUUGUUACAAUGUAUUUUUAGUACUCUACAUUUUAUACGAUUUAAUGUAGGCACUGAAUCGCAUAUGGUUAUGACUCCACUAAGGAUGCACGUACUGCAGGGUUAUCCUGUAAAACUUGUAUUGUCCGAAUCCAAAAACUACAACGCUAUUGAUCGACGAUGCCAAUUUUUUAUGUAGUUCUUUAAAUAUCAGUUUUACUACCACAUUAGUUAGCAACAUUACGUAUUGUAUACGUAACUAAUGUUAGUAAAACGCAAUAUUGAAAUCGAAAUUACUAUUGAGUUAUAGAGUAAGCCUUCCUUCAGAAUUUAAUGUAGAGUCGGUAAUGCAUAAGCUUCCAGCCUCUUGCGUCUAGACAUAAAUUAACCACCUCACUGGAGCCGUAACUGAGUUCGAAAUACGUGAAUUUAAAGAAAUGAAUUGAAUGUAGAUCCGCUAGUUAUAAUAUUUUAUAUUUAGUUUAAAUAAGUAAGAUUUCGAAUUUAUUUUAAUAAAGCUGCCAUUAAUAAGAACAAAAUUGUUGUAUAUAUUUAUUAAAUAAAUUUAAAGUAAACGUA